GCAGGACUGUGACAAAUAAUCCAAUCAUUAGUCCACAAACAGCGCUCAUGUCUUGGCUUCAGUCUCUGAGGGAUGAAUUCACUCUCAGACCGUUUGAGAUAGAGCAGACACGCAGUGACAACACUGCCAUGGCAUCCGGACCUCCAGAUGUGAUGGCCAAUCAGGAGCCUGCUGAGGUCGUGGAGGAGUGCUCAGGAAAAAAGAAGUCCAAGUUUCAGACGUUUAAAAAAUUCUUUGCGAGGAAGAAGAGAAAGGAGCCGCCAGCUGCAGGAGCAGACGCGGGACUUAAAGCCAGCCAAUCAACAGACAAUGUCGGCAACACAUCCGAAAAUAACACGCUCACUCGAUCAGAGAAGGAUAAGGGCUCUGGGUCAAAGGUCAGCCUGGGCAGCAAGGCUCUGUCCCAUGACUCUGUCUUCGUUUCGGACUCGUCGGAGGCCAACGAGGCUCUGGGGACAUCUCAGGACAAUAUUCACGGGAAAGUGAAAUCAUUACAGCUCCAGCUGAAGCAGGCCAUCAGACUUGGCUCUCCUCCGUCCCUCAUGUGUGUGAAGAGAACGGACGAUGCUGGAACCGUGUCUGAGGACGACGGCCUGCCCUGUAGUCCACCUGAAUACACCACACUUCACACAGUCAUGAAUCAGGCUCAGAGCAACAGCCACAUCAGUCUGCAGGGAGUAGACAGUGACGAUGACCAGCUGUCCUGUGCUGCCUCCAGCAGAGCGGUGAGCCCUCUGGUGGUCCCGGGGGACUUCAGUCAGCCGGCCAGUCCCUUCGGCUGUCUGGAUAACUCUGCUGCCAAACACAAGCUGGGCCUGAGACACAAAGCCUGCAACAGGAGGAAACAUGUCGCUAGGCUGGAGAUGAAGGCAGAGGGAGACUCUGUGGGGGAGGAGACACUGAACGCCUCCAUAACCGAAGCUUUGGAGGAGCGAGAACAACAGAAGACAGCAGAAGCUGUAAGUGGUGAUGAGCUGAAACCAAAGCUGGAGAGGGAAGAAGAAGAAGAAGAAGAAGACGAAGAGGAGGAGGAGGAGGAGGAGGAGGAGGAGCUGACGUACUCCCUGCUGAGAGACGAGGUGGCGAGGGAGGAGGAUGAGCCUAAAGCAGAACAGGAUGUUUCUCACGGCCCGGACUCUUCCUCUCCUCCCGAGCUGUGUCUCUCAGAGGAGGAAGCCCCAGACGCCCGGCCCCUGCCCUCCUCCCAGCCCAGCUGGAGAGCGUCCUCUCUGGACAGUCCCGGAGCCACGACAGAGCCUCCUGCCGGUCCGAGAGAGUACCUGCUGGACCCUCCAGGCAUCACCUGUGGAGCAGAGGAGAAGUGGGUUGAGAGUGACUUGGCAUUGAGUGGAGAAGAAGAUGGAGUCCAUGAGAGCCUGGAGGAGGAGAGCUCCUUCUUACAGGAAGUGCUGAGCUCCCUGAAGACUCCCCUCGCGUCCUGCUCGCUGACGAAUGAAGGAGUCGUCCUGGAGAUAAAGGAGGAGGUGAAGGAACAGGAAAGGGAAGAUGUCAAGAUAGAAGAAGGAGAGGAGGUGAAAGAGCCUGUUGGCUAUCAGGCUCCUCCUACCCUCUCCCUCAUGCCACAUCAGAACACAGAGGAAGAGGAAGGGGAAGAGGUUUCCACUCUGAGCACUGCUUCUUUUGAAGAUGUUGAAGAAGAUGAGAGAGUUGAAGAUAGUGAAGGAGAAGCAGCAGACGAAGAGGAGCAAGUGGUGGAACAAUUCAGACAACAUGGUCAAGAAGAGGACGGAGAGAAAGAGGUAGAGGAAGUCAAACCAGAGGAACAAAAUGAUAUGCCUACAGGAAACACCGUCAACCAGGCAGAGGAGGACGGACGAGAAGAGGAAGAGAGUGAGGGAGAGGAGGAGGCGAUAGAGCUGGAGAAGGAGCCAGAGGUGGAGGAGGAGGGACGGGAGAAGAGGGAAGAGGAAGAGGUGGAGGUGAAGGAAGCAGAGGAGAGAGUAGAGGAGGCAGAGGAAGCGAUAGAAGAAGAGAGGGACAAUGCAGAAGAGAUGACGGAGACGUUUCCUGACACAGCGGAUGAAGAAGUUACCGUACUACUGCAGGAGGAAGAUGAGGGUUUAGAUGUUGUGACUGGAGAUGAUGAUGAAACAGAACUGGGUGAUCAGGUGUUUGCUGCAGUGCAUGAGAGUCAAGCAGCUUCCAAUCUUGCAGAGGAGAGGGAAGAUGGAGAAGAGAAGGUGGAGGAAGGUGUAGAGAUUGACCAUAAAAGAAAAUCAGAACAAGAGGAAGACGGUGAAGCAGAUCAAAGUGGUCAAAAUCUACAGCAGGAAGGUGAAGAAACAUCCCAUUUAGACAUUAAGCAAGUGGAAAAAGAAGCCCAAGAACAAGCUAAUGUUGCCUCCAAGCCUUCUUUGUCUCUUUUAGAGUUGCAUGCUGAGACUCCGUCACAAGAGAGUAGAACCAGCUCUCCCAGUAAGACCGGCACCACCACCCUCCACAUAAAUCUACUCUCUCCGAGCUCCGAGAAAGCAACAUCUUUCUUCCCACAGUCCCCAACUGCUGAACAGCCCAUAGAAAGUGAGACGUCCUGUCAUGCUGAAAAGCUAAAUACAGCAUCCACAGAAGAAGAAGAAGAAGAAGAAGAAGAAGAAGAAGAAGAAGAAGAAGAAGAAGAAGAAGAAGAAGAAGAAGAAGAAGAACCAGCUGACAAUGUGGAAAUGGUAGAAGAAGAAAAACAGUCAGCCCCGGAGGGAGAAGCUACGCCUCCUGCCUCCGUGGAAGAAGAGGUUAACCGGCCGUCCAGCAAAACCCUCUUCACCAUCGCCCCCGCCUGGCAGAGGUCGCUCUCUGUCGGGGACGCAGACGAGAGCUCGACCCCUCCCGCCUCCCCACCCGCAUGUGUCUCCUCUUCACCGGCCGCCGUCACAGGACCCGGAGGUGUGGAGGCUACAACUACAAAAGGGAAAGCAGAGCCAGCGAGUUUGGCAAAGGUUGAAGUGGUGUUGAGCCCGGGUAGAGCGUGGGAUGCAGGGAUCACCACCGCACCGUCUCCAUCAUCCAUUCAUCAAACCUCAGCUACUGCAAGCACAGAAGGGAGCUCCGUCGUAGUGGAGGGAAACACCGACAAUCCGUUUGGAGUCCGGCUGAGGAAGACGUCAGCUCUGCAUCGCUUCAGCUCGGACGAGGAAAACACAGAGCCUCAUACCGAGUCUCCAGCUCAGCCAACCAGCUGUAGAGUUGACUCCCCGCAGCCAAUCAGUGUAAAGCCCUCCAUAAGUCAGCCAGUCAGCAACAAGCCCGCCCUCCCUAAGAAACCAGAUGUAGACGGAGACAGUGGAGGGAAAAACAAGCGCAUGACAGACCCAGCUGCAGCUCGUGGUGUUUCUGGUGGAUCUGAUUCUCCCAGCUGGAUCUCUGUGGCCAAACAGAAACAGAAGAUCUAUAAAGAAAACUCACUCGAUGAGGUUUCUGUCAGGAAGGAGGAACCAGAGAGGAAGAGUUCGCUGCCAAUGUAUGUCAACUCAGCUGCAAGCAGGGAACACAGCAACAAAACAGCUGAGUCCACCGGCAAAGUGGGUCCAUUGGAGAUCAGUAAGCCUUCUGCGUCUGCAGAGAAGGAGGUCAGGAAGGUUCUCUGUCAUCCAACUCCGGUGCCAGCUCAACCUCCUAAAUCCCAGCCUCUCCCCUGCCCCGUCCCUCCAAAACCCUUCCAUCUUCCCCCUGCCAUCACCAAUCACCCCCCCCAACCUAACUCACCCCAAAGAUCUCUGUCGACCCCAAUUCCGAUUGCGAUUUCUGUUCCCCAAAAAUCUCCCUCUUGCACAAGCUCGCCAUCACCCAUCAAAAUUGCCCCCUCAUCCAAGACACACCAGCCUCACGACACGACACUUACCUCCCCUACCUUUUCAUUGAGAACCACCUCGGAAAAGUCUGGUUCGAGAGCGCCGGGGCUUUCCAGCCAGACCCCGGCCUCCCAGCGAGGCCUGCCUCCCCCGGCCCUGCCCCAGGAUGAGCCUCCCUGGAUGGCAAUGGCCAAGAAGAAGGCCAAAGCCUGGAGCGAGAUGCCCCAGAUUGUCCAGUGACGGCACAGGUUUUAGUAAGAUCUUGUACAUAGGCCCAAUCUGGUCAAAUCUGCAAGAGGGUGGAAGUGGGUCGAGAGUCUGGAUGGACCACAAUGCAUUUGCACACAAAGAGUUGUUGUUUUCUUACUUCCUGGUUUCUAUCCUACAGACAGGCUCCGUCUAACUCCUUCUUUCUUUAUGUUGUACAUUCAUCUUUUCUAAACGACAGGGUAGGACCCCAAACGUUAAUGCGUCUUACUUGAAGUGGAUUCAUAUUUUUUCAACAGUCUUAGUAUGUUACAAUGUGCCUGAAUGAGAGGAAAUACCUCUCACAGCAGAAAAUAUAAAUGUUCAUCUAAAGUAUGAUUUCACCCGAUAUCACUAAAUAUUUCAGGGAUGAUAAAAUUAUUUUAUAAAGAGGAUAAAAAAAAAGUGAUGAUAAAGAGACGAAGACAAAAAUCUUUCAGUCAGUCUCAGUUUGUGCGUGUGUGUGUGUGUGUGUGUGUGUGUGUGUGUGUGUGUGUGUGUGCGUGUGUUUAUUUUAAAGCAGUUUUACAUGCUCACACUUUGAGGAAUGUGGAAAAUAUUGUGAACAGAGCGUAAAAUGGGAUAACAUCCAUGUUGGGCUGGAGAAGGAUUUGCUGAACUAACUGCUGAUCCGUGUUUCUUCAAUCUGCUGUCUGUGCAUCAGGUUCUUUAGGCAAAUAUAUUCCUUCUAACACGAUCCACUGACACUACACUAAUGUUUGCUGUGUUAGCGAGUGCUGAGUGUGUCUGACAUGUUGCAGGUCGUUCAAUGUAAAUUAUAUUUUUAAUUUUCUCUUUUGAUAAUUUGAAUACAUAACUUACACAGUUGUCUGUCGGCAUCUUAAACAAAUCUAUCUUCUCCAAAAAUCUGUGCAGGAAUCAAGGAAAUUAUCACAAUUACAAUGUGUUUUUAAUACUUUUCAGUGCUUCAUGUUGGCAGCGUGUUGCGGGUGCUUAUGAAACAUUUUCUAAUCCCAACCAAAAACAUGUAAAUGAAACAGAAAUCCAAACACUGCUGAUUAAUAACUUGGAGAUUGAUUUUUCUGCCGGAUGCAUCACUAAAGGAAGUUUCACGGCUGAAAGCUUCCUUUCCAUCCAUUAAAUCCAUCUAUCUCACAGUAACUAUAUGUUUUAUGCAUUUGGUUUUAUUUUGUAUUGCCUUUUGAGAAUUUGUAUUGUACAUAACAUGUGCAGUAAAGAACAAAUGAAAUCAGU